GGAUCGCAGCAGGGGUGAAAGGAAGAGACGCCGAAAGGUUUCUCCAGCCGACUCUGGAUUCGUCUCCGGCGUGCGCAGGAAUGGCGGCGCUGCCCGGCGCGGUCCCCAGGAUGAUGAGACCCGGCCCGGGGCAGAACUACCCGCGCACCGGCUUCCCCCUAGAAGUGUCCACCCCUCUUGGCCAAGGCCGGGUCAAUCAGCUUGGUGGGGUCUUCAUCAACGGGCGACCCCUGCCGAACCACAUCCGUCACAAGAUAGUAGAAAUGGCCCAUCACGGCAUCCGGCCCUGCGUCAUCUCCCGUCAGCUCCGUGUCUCCCAUGGCUGUGUCUCCAAGAUUCUGUGCCGGUAUCAGGAGACCGGGUCCAUCCGACCUGGGGCCAUAGGUGGAAGCAAGCCCAGACAGGUGGCGACUCCCGAUGUGGAGAAAAAGAUUGAGGAGUACAAGAGAGAAAAUCCCGGAAUGUUCAGCUGGGAGAUCCGGGACCGGCUGCUGAAGGACGGCCACUGUGACCGCGGCACGGUGCCCUCAGGUUUAGUGAGUUCGAUUAGCCGAGUGCUCAGAAUCAAGUUCGGGAAGAAAGAGGACGAUGAAGACGGGGACAAGAAAGAGGACGAUGGCGAGAAGAAAGCCAAGCACAGCAUCGACGGCAUCCUGGGCGACAAAGGGAAUCGUCUGGACGAGGGCUCAGACGUGGAGUCGGAACCCGACCUCCCGCUGAAGCGCAAACAGCGUCGCAGUCGGACGACAUUCACUGCUGAGCAGCUGGAGGAACUGGAAAAGGCCUUCGAGAGGACCCACUACCCGGACAUCUACACCCGAGAGGAGCUGGCGCAGAGGACCAAACUCACAGAGGCAAGAGUCCAGGUCUGGUUCAGUAACCGCCGUGCCCGCUGGCGCAAGCAGGCAGGAGCUAACCAGCUGGCUGCCUUCAACCACCUUCUGCCUGGAGGUUUCCCACCCACUGGCAUGCCCACCUUGCCACCCUACCAGCUGCCAGACUCUACCUAUCCCACCACCACCAUCUCCCAAGAUGGGGGCAGCACAGUGCACAGGCCCCAGCCCCUUCCACCGUCAACCAUGCAUCAGGGCGGACUGGCUGCAGCCGCUGCCGCAGCAGACACCAGCUCUGCCUAUGGAGCCCGCCACAGCUUCUCCAGCUACUCGGACAGCUUCAUGAACCCAGGGGCCCCCUCCAACCACAUGAACCCUGUCAGCAACGGCCUGUCUCCUCAGGUGAUGAGCAUCCUCAGCAACCCGAGUGCGGUGCCUCCACAGCCGCAGGCAGACUUCUCCAUCUCUCCGCUGCACGGAGGCCUGGACUCUGCUUCCUCCAUCUCUGCCAGCUGCAGCCAGCGGGCCGACUCCAUCAAGCCAGGAGACAGCUUGCCCACGUCCCAGUCUUACUGCCCACCCACCUACAGCACCACUGGCUAUAGUGUGGACCCUGUGGCUGGCUACCAGUAUGGCCAGUAUGGCCAAACUGCUGUUGAUUACCUGGCCAAAAACGUGAGCCUGUCCACACAGCGCCGCAUGAAGCUUGGGGAACACUCCGCGGUGCUGGGACUUCUCCCUGUGGAAACGGGCCAGGCCUACUAGGGCCCCUGGGGCGACUUGCCCCAGCCAAUGGCCCAGCCUAGCUCUUCCCAACCCCUGAGCCUCCUCACCUCAGUCCCCUCAUCCCCCUGGGGCUAAAGGAGGUCAGGAAAGGAACCCCUUUCCUUCCCACAGAUGGCCCUCUGGAGACAGACAACCAGUGUGUCAUUUACCCAUGGUUAGUGACCCAGAGUGGCCCCUUAUGUCUGCCCCUCCCCCAUCUCCAGAGGGGCUCCUAGCCAUCCUGCAAUGAUCUCCAGCCCACAUCCAUUUUUCAGUGUCAUGGCCUUGGUCCUGUCUCAGCACAGAGACUGAGGGUCAACCCGAACUGAGCACCUAUCAUCAGAGGAAAAUGGGGCCAAAGACAAGGCCCUGGAGUCCUUGACCUCUGAGUCCUGGGUGCCCUGACCAUGGGGGCAAGGUGGAGUUCACAGGGGUGGGCCUCCUGCUUGGCAUCAGAACUGCACCUCCUUUCACUGGACACUGAGAUGAGGCCCUAGGGUGUUCCCAGGGAAGAAAGCAGACGGCAUCUCAGCUUUACCCAGGAAUCCAGAGGACUUUGGGAUUGUCCCUACACACCUCUGCUGGGCAUCGAGAGACCAGGAAGAGAUUCUACCAGGGACAGGGCAGAUAGAGGCAGAGAUUGUCGGCCGUGGGCUAUCCCAGAAUGGCAGGCCCCGGGGCCAGCAUCAGAAGGUGCAGGACUCCUAGGCCACAGUCUAUAGAGGCUUGCCCACUGCAUCAGGACCUAGGGAGCCCACGGAACCUGUCAGUCUCCCCAGCUGGUGGGAGAGGGGAAUGCCUUGAGGUGACAAGAGGCACAAGGCAGGCUCAGAGGGUCUGAGGGCAUUCAGCCUUCACGUUCAUAACACUGGAGCUCUGCACACCAUCUUGCUGGCAAUGGGAACCUGCCUCAUACAUGCUGGUACUCUGACAAGGGGCCUCCUUCUCCCAGCAUGGAAGAUGCAGCAUGAUGCCACUGGAUGCAGACAGCCUUCUGGGACCAGGCAAGACUGCUGGUCCUCACCCCUGGAGAAGAUGCUCCAGUUUCCUUGGCAUCUCAGUGGAAGGCCAUGUCCUUGUCCUUUUCCAGAGCGGCAUUUUUCAGUGUUGGCUGCUCUCAGUCAGGAGGCUUUUGUGGCCUCACCAGACACAGUGCACCCGUGGCACUGUUUUUAAGACACCACCACCCCUGGGCACAGGAAGAUGCCAAAAGUCCCAGCAAAGGGGACAUGGCACCUUCCUUAAGCACUCUAGGGGCUUCCUUGCACUCCACCUCUUUUAGAGCUGGGUCUUUAGGGGGAAUGGAUUGCUCAGACCCCCCCCCCAAUUCUCCUUUCUGGAGCUCUUCAUCACCCUCUAUUUAUCAAAAUUGUACCCAUCUUUACCCUCUCCCUCGAUAUAAUCUACACUCGGACUACCUUCAUCAAGUGCUGUGAUGCCAUGGCACCAACCCCAUGGGCACUGGGCCUGAGUGCUUGUCCCCACCUGUACACAUGAGGCCGCCUGCUGACCUGAUCCGUGCCUCCUGCCCUCAGCCAGCAAGACAUUCCUAGAAAGAGGCUGCUGCUCAGGAGCCCCAACUGAUUCCUUCUGCCUGGAGAGCUGGACUGGCAGGACUCUGGGACACUUAUCUCCAUGAACACAUGACCCAUCAUCUGAAGCCUGACCUGGGCCAUGACUCGGGUGGCUUGUAUCUGUGGUUUAGAGACGCCUAUCAAUAACUGGGGACAAAUGGACUCUCUGGUAGUAACAAGCACCAGACAGAUGGGGCUCGUCAGCUCAGUCCAGGUUUCAAGAGAGAAGACUUCUGGGCUCUUCAAGGUCUGGACAAGAGGAAAGCCACAUCACCCCUUGGAAACCCAGUUUGUAGUUCUCACAGCAAGCACCCCUGUCUCCUCCACAUUCCUCACUCCCUGGAGGCCUGGCUCUGGAUGCAUCUGAAUCUCCUUCCACCCAGUACACUUCAGGAUCAGGAACUUCAAGCAGGUGACAUCUACAGGGCCCAGCCCCAGCCCAGGGAACAACAUUCCAUUGCUUGGACCAAUCACAAUGACCUACUCACUAUGGUAAAUGCAACCAAGACCUGCUUGGGAGAAAACAAAAUGACUUCCCAUUCCAUCCAACACCUCUGAAUGUUCCCCAAGCUGCCAUCUUGGUAUAAAACUGGACUUGGGUUCUGAGGGGCCUCUGACCCCCAACAGAUUUCCCCAGCAUCUCAUGCUUUUGUGUAUCUGUCCACCUGGGUCUGUAAAACUCAGCCUUGCUUUGGGCAGCUUGUAGCUUCACUAGAGAGGUGAUGUCAGUUUGAUGAGAGGCACCAGGCCUCCUUCCCUUUGGGGUUGAGCACAGCCUAGGAGACCUGACUUCCAAUUAGCCAGGCAGACCAGAAACACCCCUCGUCCCUGUAUAUAGAGUCAAUAGCAAGAUAAGAGGGGCGCCCUCCAUGUCACCUCAAGUGGCUACCGGUUCUGUGGAGGCCCCUCUGAACUCCUUGUAUGUUAGUUGGAAAUGUGGUGUUGUGCUAUUGUUUAUAGAACAUUGGCUUUUUAUAUAUAAAUCUAUAUACUUAAAAAAGGGGGGGAAGGAAAGAAACCCCCAUGGUGUGUGUCGUGCUAGUGCCAGGGACCAUCUGUAGGGAUUUGCUCAUCCUGUGUUUUGGAUUAUGUAUUCCAGCCUUUCUUGGGUUCCUUGAUUUUAUUUUGUUUUGUUUUUGUCAUUGUCCCCUCAAUUCGGUAUCUUUCUCUUGCUAUAAAGAUGAAAGUCAUGGUGGUAAGGACCAAGCUUCUGUCCUCCUGUCUUGCAUUCAGUUUACCUUUGCCCUUCUUUUGCGGGGACCAGGAAGGAGCAGGGGAAACAGAUAUUGGGAAGCAAGAGAGGAGGAGAAAAGAAAGAGGAGAGGCUGGCUAGGGAGACAAGAGAGAAGGGCAGUUUUGCGGCAAGAUGAUGGCUGUGGCCCCGGACAGAGCUUGGAUUGGCAUGCUCCACCGGGUCCAGUAUUGUUUUGUGUGGAACUGAUAGAAUAUUCUAGAAGGUGGAGCUGGGCCUUGCUGAGCAACUCCACAGUUGCCAAUGACGAAGACUUUGUGUAGAUCCUCUUUGAGGCUGGCAUUCUCCCCAGGCUCCUGGACAGAUCUCUCCCUAUCAGACACUUUUUAGGGUACACAAACAUCCUCACCUUCUGCAGACGCACCAAGCCAAGACCAAAUGGGGGUACUGGGGCUGCCAUGUUGAAAUGCUUCUGGACACCUGUGCAUUUAACGUUGCUUCUGUCUACAUUGACUUGGGCAGCCUCCUACUGGGAAAAAUACCGGUACUUCUGGAGAACAUUCCCUCUUUCUAAAAACUGCAACACUGUUGCUUCAGCCAUUUUCCUCCAUACGAAGUGAGUGUGUGUGCAUGAGGGGUGUGAGUGGGAUGUGUGCGUGUGGGCGGGUGUCUAAAUAUAAUCGCACCAUAAUUUAUUCAGCUAUAUGGAGUAGUAGAGUAGGAAGACAAACUGGUAUUCGCUUUAACUACCUGCUGCUUGUAAGCGCUGCCUCUGUAACUCAGGCGUAACUGUUAUACAUUAAAAGAAAUUUAAAAAACA